AAACACAGAAAACCUGGCUAAAUUAGUAAAAAUAGAUAAGACUGUAAUCAUACACAAAAGCCACACAUUGAGUAAAAACAUAUCUUGUUUAUCAGUGUGAAAAGACAAAAAGCACGGUUGGAUAUCAACAAAACAAAUGCGUGAUGUGAAAAGAUGACAGUGAUUUCUUAAUAAGGUCUGCAUUGAUGAUAAGCCAAAUUUAGACACUACUCGCUGUAACAGAGACUAUCGGAUCAGGUGAUGACUAUCCACUUAAGCAUCAGUGUUAUCACUUCAGAUCCAGGGGUUUCCUUCCCAGGGUACCAAGGGCUUUCCAUCCACCACGCAGAAUAGAAGACAAGUUCCCACGCAUUGUGGAGGUCCGCUGUGCAUCUUGCAACAGACUACUCCUCCAGGCAAAAAACAAAAGCUUGGAUUUUGGUGACAGGCACCAAUGCGCAAUGACUGACUCCGUGGUUGGAUCCAAGCGCUGCACAGAAAUUUAGUCCGCAUCAUUCCCUGACAGCUCCCUAAGAGAGAGGAGGGAGAGAGAGAGGAGGGAGAGAAGCAGGGCUGGAUUCUCAGCAUCAGCACCUUGGAAAGUGGUCCUGGAGCAAAGUGCUGAGCUGAGCCCGCAGGGACUCUGGAGGAGCCAAUGUAGACUGUAGUAGUGCAGCAUGACGGACGCAGUGAUGAGCAGCGGCUCAGAUCGCUGGGGGUCCAACGACAGGCAAAAGAGCAUGCAUGCCAGUGAGAAAGAGCAGGGCACCUGGACCAUGCAGCAGGCCCCUGGGCCUGGUCCAGACCUGACAGAUGAAGAAAAGGAGAUCAUAAACAGUGUGAUUGCCCGAGCUGAAAAAAUGGAGGCCAUGGAGCAGGAGAGAAUUGGGCGGUUAAUAAACCGUCUGGACGACAUGAAGAAGACUGUGGCCGGGGACGGACUGUCCCGCUGUUUGCUGUGUGGGGAGCAGCUGGGAUCACCCGGGGUCAGCUCAGUGGUGUGUGAGGACUGCAAAAAGAACAUGUGUACUAAGUGUGGAACACAGUGUAGCAGUAAACCACGUGCUGUUUGGCUAUGCAAGAUCUGCAGAGAACAGAGAGAGGUGUGGAAGAGAUCUGGUGCCUGGUUCUUCAAAGGGUUUCCCAAGCAUUUCCUGCCAUCACCCAUGCCAUUAUCUAAACAAAAAGAGACAAAUACUAAAGGGCCCAAGGGGCCAGCAGCCCCCGGGCCCAAGGAGGCCAAAGGCCAACCACAACCACCAGGUCAGAGACAGAAUCAAGCUCCUGCUUCUGAGGCGCAAGUUUCAGGACCAGAGCCACAGGGCCGUGCUGGUUACCCACCUGUGGCCCCUAAACCCUCAGCUGUGCGCAUGGCUACGGGUGGGGCCGGCCCUGAAGAGGCAGGACAGGGCAGCCCGGUGGUGAUGAAGAAGAUGGUGCCCGUGCAGAGCUCCAGACCUCAGCCAGCUGCAUCAGCUAGCAUGGCGCAGCAGGGUCCGAUGGCAGGAGAAGGAGGGGCCUACUCCUCCUCUGGUGCAGUGCCUCCAGAGCAGAGAGCGCCCCUUGCAGUAAGAGAUGACAGAAGGCAGCCAGCAGCCUACAGUGCUCCUCCCGCACGCCAGCAGCCUCCCCCAGCUGAGGAGGAGGAGGAAACAAACGACUAUGACUCUGAUGAAGCCACCACUCUGGGCUCUCUGGAGUUCAGUCUGCACUAUGAACAGGAGAGCAACAGCCUCAUCUGUAGCAUCCUCAAAGCAAAGGGACUGAAGCCCAUGGACUCAAAUGGACUUGCAGAUCCUUACGUGAAGCUUCAUUUGCUGCCAGGGGCUAGUAAGUCCAACAAGCUGCGCACAAAGACCCUGAGAAACACCCGCAACCCUGCGUGGAAUGAGACGCUCACCUACCAUGGCCUGACAGAUGACGACAUGCAGCGUAAAACCCUCAGGCUCUCUGUCUGUGAUGAAGACAAGUUUGGGCAUAAUGAGUUUAUCGGGGAAACCCGAGUGGCACUGAAGAAACUGAAGAUGAACACGAAGAAAAACUUCAACGUGUGUCUCGAGAGAGUUGUCCCUACCAAGAGGACUGCAACAGCCGGGGGAGCCAGAGGCAUCGCUCUCUACGAGGAUGAGCCAGGGAAAGAGGGCGGAGAGGCGGAAGAGCGUGGCCGGAUUCUGAUGUCCCUCAUGUACAGCACCCAGACAAACCGUCUCGUCGUGGGUGUUGUGCGCUGCGUUCACCUGGCUGCCAUGGACGCUAAUGGCUACUCUGACCCAUAUGUCAAAAUAUGUCUGAAACCUGACAUGGGGAAAAAAGGAAAGUGCAAAACACAAAUCAAGAAAAGGACUCUAAACCCUGAAUUUAAUGAGGAAUUCAGCUACGACAUCAAACACAGUGAGCUGGCUAAGAAGAGUUUAGACAUCUCCGUGUGGGAUUACGAUAUCGGGAAGUCCAAUGACUACAUUGGUGGCUGCCAGUUGGGUAUCACUGCCAAAGGAGAGCGGCUGAAGCACUGGUACGAGUGUCUAAAGAACAAGGACAAGAGGAUCGAGCGCUGGCACACCUUGUACAACGAUAAUCACACAGCUAGUGAUUAACCACGCACACAGCAUGAGCUAAAACCUCUCUUUUUGGUUUGCAUUCAUCUCUUAAUGCUCUUUUCUUCUAUUUUAUCUCACUCUCUGACCAUCACACAGGCUAAUUCACCUCCUCCCCUUGUAGUAGUAUUUAGUACACUCUUCUUCCCUGUCUUCUUAUUAACAGUUUAUCUGCCUGUGCUGAUACUUAAUCUGCCUCUGGGAAAAAUCACGGCAUAAAAGAAAUAAACAUUUCACAGAGACAUCUGUCAGUGAAGAGCUGCACACAUACCACCAUGUCUCUCGUGGUGUUGUGCUACAUGCUGAACUUGACGGAUUCUUUGCUUAAGAAAAUAAAGAUGAAUAAUUGCACUGGCACAGAGCAGGAAUAGCAAUAUGUUAUGGCAUAUGAGGUCAAAACUGAUGUUUAAAGUCAUAAAAAUUUGAUUGAGCUCAUGCUUAAAAUUUAUUAGACUGUCAGGGUGUUUUUUUUCUUUAAUUUGUCACGUUAAUAUCACGCUGUAUGUGUAACACUUGGAACUGUAUGAGCAUGCCAAGCAACAGAUAUAAGGAAACAUGCAGCUGCACCUUCAAAAAUUUCACCUGUGCCCACUGUCCUCAGCAUUUUGUAUAUUCCCAUGAAGAAAUGUUUACAUACUGAUACAUUGCUCAGGUUAGGAUAGACAUCUGAUACACAGAUGAGUCAUAAGUCAGUGGACCAUGAAGCUUGAUGAUUCUUUCAUCAGGUGCUGUUAAUUUGUGAUUUAAAAUUAUAGCACACUCAGUUAAACAUUAGGAGUUUUAUGUAUGCUUAGUGAAGCUGUGAAAUUUUAUUUGAUGAAAGUAUUACCUGUGAUCAGAGAAACUUAGAAGUGAACUUUUUUCUUAGUUAUGGCGAGAUUAGGCAGGAAAAAAGGCUUUUCCUCCUGUUACCUCUGCUCUUCUGAAGUUCGUGGUUCACUCUGACCCCUCAGAGGUUUUCUACUGUAGUGUUUACACAGAACGCACACGGUCAGGUCUCUUAACUGAAUCCCCCUUACAAGGAGGAAAUGGUGGUAGAAGCUAUGUCAUAAGUAUGUGCAGCUUUAUCUGCAUGCACUGUGCUCGUGACUCUGGUGUGCCUGGGGCAGACGUGGCCUGCUUUAACCCCAACGCACCACAUUGCACAAAGCAGGGCUCUUUCUCCUGUGCCACGCCCCAAUCAUACGAGGCUUAAGUGGGUGUUAGUUUAUUAAUCACAGCAAGCGAAGGAAAGCACACCUUACAAAGUGGAAUGACCUCAAUUUAUACAGCUGUCUGCAAGUUAUUCCAAUGUAAGAAUAAAGACGAAAAACAAAAAAUCCUAUGCAUGAAAUGUCUUGUGGUUCAAGAUAUAUAUACUUUGUAAGAACUUAAAGCUAUUGUACUUCAUAAAUGUUUACACUCUUGCCCAUAACAUUCCUGUUAAUACAUCAUAUACAAGAGGCCAUAUUCUGCAUGAUUAUGGUGACUAUGGUGUAAUCUGAAUUGGCUGCAUCCACAGGAUAUACUGAUAUCAACUGAGCAUAUCAACAAAAGACUUCAGCCAAAUGACUCAGUAGCAGAAGUUGAGAUGAAUCUCACUCUUUGAAUGAGACUUUCUGUACAUACACAUUUAAAUCUCUUAAGUGUCUUGUUUUCUCUGCACAGCUACUACACCUGCCCUGUGGCGGUGAUCCAAACACCCACCAGUGGCAUCACACAUGCUGUCCUAUGUUGUGCUACUGCUGCAGUGAUCAUCAGAUGAUGACAAUAUCAAUUAUAAUCUAUAGUUUUUUCUAACAGGCUUCUCUGGGCUAAACUCACAGCUGUCCUCUACUUGAUUCUGCCAGUUCAGUGGAAUGUUUCUUGCUUUAUCUCUGUAUUUGUACAUAGAUAGUGCAUGCACUGGAAAUAUGUAUGUUUGCAAAUAACUUUGCAUGUAAAGAUUUUGCAGAGAGUUUACACAGAUCAAUAAAUUAAAUGAAAGCUUACAA